UUCCUACCUGUCCUAUUACAAAAGUAAAUAAAUAAAUAGAAUAACCUAACCUGAAAAUUUGAAGCUAGCGACUAUUUAGUGGUGAGCAGUUUUUGUAAUUUUAUCAAAAUUAGAAUGUGAAAAGUAGUUGUUAGGACAUUAUUUUUCUUCAAGUCACGAUGUCUUCCAAUGAAGAUGAUUUCUGGAAUGCAAGUUCUUCAAGUCAACAAAAUUUUUUUGAUGGCGAUGAUGAAAUUACACCUUGUGAAGCUGAUGUUUUUAGUGGCGUUUCACAAGAAAAAGUUAUAUUACCAAUUCAUUCAAUUAUUUCCAAUGAGUGCCUAAAAAUAGUUUUAGACGAUACUAAUUUUGUAGUGGAUCAAGUAGUGCCUCCACCAGAACAAACAAUGAAGAGGAAGUUUUGUGGAGAAAACAUUAUACUUACCGCAUACAAGACAUUAGAAGAUAAAUUACUAUUGUUAGAUGCAGCACUUGAUAUUGCUGAUGGAGAUAUUAUUCUUACAGUAAUACUUUUUCUAAAGAAAUCUCUUAGUAGUAAUCUAUUUUUCACUCAACUGGCGAAACGAAACGCUGCAGUUAAACAUUAUGCCAAUUAUCUCGUGGAAAUAAAUGAUUUACAACAACUUGCUGACUUGUAUAUGGCAACUAGAAAUAUUCCAUAUUUGAAACACAUCUACUGUUUAUUGGCCAAAGAUGAUUCCAAUCAAAAUAGCUUGCUGAAAAAACUACAACAAUUUAACAUCCAACAUGCACAUAAUUUCUAUUCUCCUGAAGACAAAUCGGAAAUCCAGGAAAAUAUGUCAUUUUUAGAGUUUCAGAUUAAACACAAUUUAAAUAGUAAAUCCUUGAUUGGAGAAUUAACGAAUUUAUAUAUGACAAAAUGGGAAAAAGAUGGGAGUGGACUUAUUGAUGAUUUUCAGAAACAAUUUAAAAUGGAUAGUUUUCAAUGCGAUUGGGUGAUAAUGAGUGUUUGUUGUAAGAUGAAGAACUGGGAUAAAUUAUUGACUAUAUUUAUUAAUAAAAGCCUGUGGGUUAUUAAAAAACGUGUCCUUAGGUCCGGAAUAAGACCAGAUUUAUUUGUCCUUGCAAUUAGUCGUCAUAAACCACCAGAAAAUAUAAUCGAACAAUUUUUGGGGUGUGUAGGGGAUGCUUCCAAAAGACUAACCCUAGCAGAAAAACUAGAUGUACACACAUAUGUGAUUAAUUAUUAUGUUGAACAAAAGGACAAGAUUUCACUUUUGAAAUAUAUGGAAAGGGUUGAGCCUGAAAGUCAAGCAAUGUAUUUGCUUAGAAGUAGCCUCAAUAACCCAGAUAUUAAAUGGAAGAACUGAUGUAACAUAGAACAAGUUGUGUUUAUUUUAUUGUAAAAUUUUAUUUACAUAAAUAAACGAAUUUGUUGCUGCGUUUGAAAUAGGAAGAAAUAAUACUGAUACAUUAACAUGUUUUGUAUAUAUUCUUAAUACAAAGUCUUACUUAAUUGUUACAUAAUAAAUUAACACUUCUCGUGUAAUGCCUCAAGACAUUUUUACAAUACUGAUAAGGCAGAACCUAUAAAGUUUAUUUCACUAUGUAAUGACUAAAUCUUUUGUAAGAAAAAAUAUAUAAAUUGUUCACAA